UAUUUGCUGAAUUUGUUUUCCAGUCUCCUUGUUUAGAAUGUCAUUUGGUUUCGGUUUCUGCUUGACUGUUCCGGCGAUAUACGUGCAGAGUUCCCUUUUCGAAAACAUGGAAUAUUGAAGCUGGUGCUCGCGUAUUUCCCGGUGAACGUUAUUGUAAAUUAUAUAGGCGUAUGGGAACCAUGGGGGACCCAGCAGAUAACUUCAAGAAAAUGGAAGUUGUGUACAAAGGAGUGAAGCAUCCGACGCUUUCUGUGGGGGACAAAUGUUCGAUCACCGAUCACGUUGGUGGAACGAGGAAAGGCGAGAUAAUCGCUGUGCGAGUUUUCCGCAACUUGGACGUAUAUGAGUUCCUGAUACACUUCGAUAAACUGCCUGACCGGCGUUACGACCUUUGGGUGACUGAGGAACAUAUGAGUGACAUAAUCAAGGUUUCAACCAAUGAAGAUGAGCCGAUUACUCCAAGCAAGCGCGAAAGUCUGCGGCCCCAGAGGCGUCGACAGGUCCAGCCAGAUCAGAAUCAACCGGUUGUGAAAAAAUCUAAGGAAGACGAAGUGAAGCAGUAUGAAGAUUAUACAAAGAUCAAGUACGUCAGUGAGGUGCAUUUUGGAUCGCACUUGAUCUCAACUUGGUAUUUCUCACCCUUCCCGAGAGAAAUGCUUCGCUACAAACGUUUGCACAUAUGCCCUACCUGCUUGUUCCAAUUCGCCUUGGAAGAGACCUAUGGUUAUCAUUAUGCAAUAUGUAACAAACGUCAUCCACCCGGUCAUCUCAUUUAUUCAACGAAUGACAUAGCCAUUUACGAAGUGGACGGUGUGAAUGAUAGACUCUUCUGUCAGCUUCUCUCUCUCCUUGGAAAAUGUUUCAUCAAAGAGAAAACUCUUGUUUCAUACGUGGACGAUUUCAAAUUUUACGUUCUCUGCGAGAAGAACAGUAUUGACGGGGCUGAUCGACACGAAAUUGUGGGUUACUUUUCGAAAGAAAAGCAAAGUGAAGAAGGCUACAAUCUCGCCUGCUUGGUCGUCCUUCCUCCUUACAUGGGGAAAGGAUAUGGCUCCCUGUUGAUAGACAUGAGCUAUGCUAUAACGAAAAGGGAGCGUAAGACUGGAAGCCCUGAAAAGCCGUUGUCAGCGAUGGGAAAGCGGGCCUAUCUGAGUUAUUGGACGUUUGUGGUUGUUCGAACGAUGCUGAGCAUGAUGGACCGUUUGCAAACCCAUUUGGUGAAGCAAGAGAGCCCGUACAAGUCGGUUUCACGACCGUUAGAAGUAAUCGCUAGAGAAACUGGAAUACACGCAGAUGACAUCAAGUACACAAUUCGACAUUUGCGCUUGCCGAACGAGUUGAUGCACGAAAAGUCCUUGGUUGUCACGCCGAAACUGCUCCGAACAGUUUUUCAGCAGAUCAGGGAGAAGUACACGAAGCGGGGUUCUUAUGGGCCAUUGUUGAUAAAUCAUGAUCUCCUGACGUGGCCGAAUAAGGCGGUGAAAGUGAUAAACAUCGAUUGCCAAAAACUCGACUGGCCGAUUGGACACGUGAUUCAUUGCAAACCUGUUCCUGGGUCCAUUCCUUCUGUGUCCCUUGUCAGCAACUCCGUCAUAAACAAUUACAGCAGGAGAAUUUCUAGGACGCAGAACGGGUUUGAUGGCGGUGUGUUCAGUCAUCCGAAUGGACAAAGGUACCCGGGAUCGAGUUCAAGCUCCGACAGCAGUGACCGGAUGCCUAACUCUUGGUCAUACGGACCUACAAACAAAAUGUUUUCGGAUCAGCGUUCUUGGCAGAACAAAUUGCCGUUCGAGAAAUCUCCCUGGGCGAACCCAUCAUACAAUGUGAAAAAAACGUACAUGAAAAUGGAUCUCGACGCGUUAAGUUUACCUGCCAACGGCAAUGUUCCCGCUUGGAGACCCAAACCAUCUAAGGCGAGUAAUUUCAUGGGAAUCCCGGAUACGUUCUGGAACGAUACCAUAAAGAGCGAAUGGCCAGCGACGGAAGCCGUGAUUAAAAUCAACGUUCUCUCAAUGGGAUCUCAAUGCGGGGGAUUUUUUGAUUUCGCGGGAAUCAUUGGCGGCACCGCGGCUCAGUUCUUGAAGCUGCAGCAGCUUGAAAUGGACGCCGCUGCGUAUUGCGAACGGGUCAUGGACGCCCAUAUUCCGGUUCCCGGGGAUCUUGUGUUGGCCAAGUACGACGGGUUGUUUUACCGAGCGAUUGCCGUGAGCCAUAAAAGAGUCUGGUUCAUGGAUUACGGCAAUUUCGCGGACGUUUCCCCGCUGGAUGUGAGACGCAUGCCUCUGGACUUGAUGGAGACUGCGCCGAACAUCAAUUUGUUCAAGUUUGUAGGCAUUAAGCCAUUGGUUGGAGAUACGUUUGAAGUGGAAAGCCGCCAAGCCUUGACGAACGAUUGGCAAUUAAUGACUGAAGUGGAGGCCAUUUGCAAAGGUCUGGACGAAACUGGUCGGAUCAUAUCUGUGGAAGUGCCUUCCCUUUACAAAAAGCUGUGCAAAGCUGGUCUCGUGCGUCUAGGAACGAUGACUACGUUGUACGUUUUGUUUGAACACGCGACGGGUUACUCUUUGACUCGCGUCAAAGAAUUCGAAGAAGUCGGAGCGUUUCUUCCCGAAGUGGAAGCCAGUGUGAACGAUGUGAGGAAGUUUCAAGGCCUCGUGAAACUCGUCGGUUUCGCGCCGUUCAAAAAUGCCCAAAAUGCGCUGGAGAAUAUGAACGCCGUCGCUGAAGGCGUCACGCACGACGACCUCAAAAUCUUCCUGGAGAACUCGCUGCCGGCGUCGAAAAAGAAGGCCAAGACCGUCUUGGGCAUCAUCGACUCGAAACUGGCCGCCGGGAUUUCCGAAGCUGUUCCCGGAACUACGUGCAUUACAACUGGCGUCGUACCGGAAGUCGUGCGCGGAAUCCGCCAGCACUUUUCUGCGUUGGUGAAGGACUUGAGCAAGGAGUUGAGCAACAAGGCGCAACUUGGGUUGGGUCAUUCCUACUCGCGCGCCAAGGUCAAGUUCAAUGUGCACCGGAGUGACAACAUGAUUAUUCAGUCGAUUGCGUUGUUGGACCAGUUGGAUAAGGACAUUAAUACGUUUUCGAUGAGGAUCCGAGAAUGGUACUCCUAUCAUUUUCCGGAGUUGGUGAAGAUCGUCACGGACAACCACUCGUUUGCUCGUGCCGCCAAAAUCAUCGGCAAUAGGAAAGCGAUGGACGAAGCGAAGACCCGGGAAAAGCUGCAGGAAGUAAUCAUGGACGAAGAGAAGGUCCAAGCAGUUUUGGACGCCAGUCGCUCUUCCAUGGGCAUGGAUAUAUCCGCCGUGGACUUGAUAAACAUCAAGCACUUUGCCACCAGAGUGUCUGCGCUUGCCGAUUACCGCACUGGUCUUCACGAAUACCUAAAGAGGAAAAUGACCGCCGUCGCCCCGAAUUUGGCGGCGCUGAUCGGCGAAAUUGUUGGUGCCCGGUUGAUCUCGCAUGCUGGAUCGCUGACCAACUUGGCCAAAUAUCCCGCGAGUACCGUGCAAAUCCUCGGUGCUGAAAAGGCUCUAUUCCGAGCGCUGAAGACGAGGGGAAACACUCCGAAGUAUGGUCUUCUCUUCCAUUCGACGUACAUUGGACGAGCUACGGCGAAGAACAAGGGGAGGAUUUCUCGCUAUCUCGCCAACAAGUGUUCGAUAGCGUCUCGAAUUGACUGCUUUUCCGAGACUCCUACGAGCGUUUAUGGCGAAAUGCUGAAAGAGCAAGUUGAGGAGAGAUUGGAGUUCUACAACUCCGGAACUAUACCCCGCAAGAAUGCUGAAGUUAUGGCAGCUGCCUCGCUUGCAGCCGAUGAAAUUCGAGCUCAAAUCUCGAAGAAGGAGAAGAAGAAGAAAAAGAAGAAGGUAAUGACGGAGGAGGAAUUCGAGGCAGUUGCUGAAGAGACGACGACGAAAAAGAAGAAGCGGGUGCAUGCGGAAACGGAACCGGAUGUGGACGAAGGCCUUAUUGCUGAUGAAAGUGAGCCAAUUAAAAAGAAAAAGAAGAAAUCUGUUGGCCCGGGUGGUGAUGUGGAAACGGGCGAGAGUCCCUUCGGGAAGAAAAAGAAGAAGAAAAGCAUGGAGGUCGCAGAAGUUGAGAUGGAGGAAGAAUAUGCAUGAUUUGUUACUGCUGCCUGAGAUUAAAAAUUCAUUUAGAGAAGGAAGAA